UGCUAUGUCUCUGGAGGACCCACUCGUUAUAAACCCAGAGGACAGCAAGGUUCUGGUUCUCAAUGCCUCCACGGGGGCGCAGCACCAAUACAACAUCUGGCUCCCGGGAAUCGGGAUCGCUGCUGUCUACGGGAUGAUUAUUAUCGUGGGUGUAGUUGGAAAUGUCACGUUAAUGAGGACGUGUCUAAUGGUGAAGUCUAUGAGGACGGUGCCCAACUUGUUCCUGUCCAGUCUGGCUCUAGGAGACGUGCUGCUGCUGCUGACCUGCGCCCCGGUGGACGCCAGCCGCUACCUGGUGGACGAGUGGCUCUUCGGUCGCGUUGGGUGCAAACUGAUCCCGUUCAUCCAGCUCACCUCUGUGGGAGUCUCCGUGUUCACCCUCACGGCUCUCUCCGCUGACCGGUACAAAGCAAUUGUCAGACCACUGGACGUCCACAGGUCCAGCGCUGCACUCAGUGUCUGUUUUCGAGUGGGGGCCAUCUGGCUGCUCUCUGUGACUCUGGCCAUUCCUGAGGCUGUCUUCUCCGACCUGCACACCUUCACCACCGGUCACACCAAUGAGACAUUUGUGACCUGUGCGCCCUACCCCCACACCAGGGAGCUGCACCCAAAAAUCCACUCCACCGCCUCCUUUCUCAUUUUCUACAUCAUCCCGCUCUUCAUCAUAUCGGUUUACUACUCCUUCAUCGCUCACAGUCUGGUCAGGAGCUCUGUGGACAUCCCUGCUGAAGGGCACCUGCACCUCCAGAAACAGAUCAAAGCCAGAAAGCGUCUGGCCAAAACUGUGCUGGUGUUUGUCAGCUUGUUUGCUGGCUGCUGGCUGCCCAGUCAUGUCAUCUACCUGUACCGCUCCUACCACUACAACCAGGUGGACACCUCGCUGGGCCACUUCAUCGCCAGCGUAUGCGCUCGCAUUUUGGCCUUCACCAACUCCUGUGUAAACCCAUUCGCCCUCUCCCUGAUGAGCAAAAGCUUCAGGAAACACUUCAACAAGCAGCUCCUGUGCUGCACUUCUCCCAGGCGCUUGUACAGUCAGAACAGUGGGAGCACAAAUAUAACCACAGUCUGAUAUAAGCCCUGUGCUGUGCUUCAGUAGGACUGAAGGCGUGUUGAUCGUAUUCACUUGCACGUUUAACUUUGAUUUAGAAGUGUCAACUUCAGUGUGAUGAAUGGACACUGUUACAAUCAUUUGGCCUUGUUGUCAAGGAAUUUAUCACCAUUUUUUAUGAUCACUUCUCAGUUACCCUUUUUUACACCUUGAAAUAAUGUACAAUGUUUAGCUCUAUCCAGUGAAAGCAACAGAAAUAGUACAAGAUGCAGGAAGCCUCUGUUCUAUUUUAAAACUAAAAAAAUGGUAGGAUUCAAUGAAAUACAUUCACUGCAGAUGUAAAGUCGCUCAUCCAAAACACUGGUAGAAAACAUCUUUUCUUGUUGCUUGAGAUUAUUUGUUUCCUGACAAAUAAAUGUUAUAUAAGAAAAAAAUGUGUUUACAGUCAGUAAAUCUUCUGUGUUUGUAUCUCUGAUGUAAAAUGAAACUAAAUAUGAACAUAAGUGUAAGAAAAUGGAAUUGAUUGUAACAAUGCA